ACAUGGAUGACCGUAUUUUCAAUCCCAAAUGUGUUGUGGAUUAUCGUGUCUGGUAAUGUUUCUUACAGGGGAGGUUAUGGUCUGUUUUGAAUAGAGAAAGGAUGGACCGUAAUGAGGAAGAAUGGUCAAUAGAUUGUUCAGACGACGAGAAAUACGAAACUGGUGGAAAGAAUGAAUGGAAUUUAAAGCCCGACGACAUAUUAACACUGAUUGAGGCUUUAGAAGCUAACAACAGGGUUUUGGAUCUUGAGUGGAAAUGUCCUGGAAGAAGAGGCCCAUCUCCAUUACUUUCAAACAAUCGACAACAGGAUAAUGGCUCGCAAGAAUACAAGAUGGAAGAAAAGUCAGAUUUUGAUUUUAUGGAUGAGAUGUCAUCGCCUAGAUUGCCUGUACGAAGAAUAGGUGAGAGUACUCCAAAAGGGAGUGCCAAGAAAAAGACUGCUAGCUUCAAUGGUGUCUUAUCAACAAUGUUACGGCAUCGUAGAUUGGAACAACAGGAAAUUAAUUUGAGUCCGAAGAAAACGGAGUCUCCUCCUGUACCAAAGACCUAACAUACAGUGAGUUACAGAAUUAUUGGUACACCUAAAGACUUAUAAGUAAUGUGUAAAAUAAGUAAAUAAAAGUAUAAUUUUCUAGUAUUUUUUAUUUAAGAACAAGUACCUUGUGGCAAUAAUAGUGUUUUUCUUUAAAAUAAUCAGUUGUUAUUUAUUAUAUAUUUCAUUGAGUUUAUUGUUUAUUUGAAUUUGUUUUGUGAAUUAUAUUUCAUAUUGCACGUUUCAGAUUUUAAUAUUAUAAGGUUUCAAUUAUAUCAUAUUAUAAAUUUUGUACUCUCCAAAUCUUUUAAAGAUUUUCGUAUUUAGCAAAUGUUCCUAAAAUAAUUAUUUUCUUGGCACAUUGAAAUUAUUUUUUGAUAUAUCUGGAUAUAUAGUUUUGUUCAUGAUAUCUUCUAUUAUGUAUAUUUCCAAUUUCAUGAAAACUAAUGCAUCCCUAGAUUAUAAUUUUACUAUUUAUAUGUUUAAGUGAAUGCAAUAAAUGUUUAAUCUUUAAUUCUUGAUAAUUUUGUAUAACUAUCAGAGCCACAAAUAUUGUAU